AUCAUCACCGCAUCACCGGGAACUCCAUCUCCAGCCCCUCGGCUCUGCAGCCUCCCUGGACAGCCAUCCCCUGCAGCCGCUCACACAGCAGCCACCUCCCCAGGGCCAGCGAGAUGCAGUUUGAGAUGCACGACCACGUGAAAGGCAAAGCCAUGUCCUACCCAGUGACCAGUCAGCCGCAGUGCGCCAGCACCUGCUACCAGACCCAGCUCAGCGACUGGCACACGGGCCUCACGGACUGCUGCAACGACAUGCCUGUGUGUCUGUGCGGCACCUUCGCGCCGCUGUGCCUCGCCUGCCGCAUCUCCGACGACUUCGGGGAGUGCUGCUGCGCGCCCUACCUGCCCGGGGGCCUGCACUCCCUGCGCACGGGCAUGCGCGAGCGCUACCACAUCCAGGGUUCCGUCGGGCACGACUGGGCUGCCCUCACCUUCUGCCUGCCCUGCGCCCUCUGCCAGAUGGCGCGGGAACUGAAGAUCCGGGAGUGAGGAGGCUGCUCCCGAGCCCGCCGCCCGCCGGCCACUCCUACCCCAUCCCGCUCCCUGUCCCACCGGCCGCUGUCCCCGCGCCAGAAAAACACAAUAAAACCCGAAGCCAGCCCA